AUGUCAGGUAACGGUGCUCAAGGUACAAAAUUCAGAAUUUCUUUAGGUUUACCAGUUGGUGCCAUCAUGAACUGUGCUGACAACAGUGGUGCCAGAAACUUGUACAUCAUCGCAGUCAAAGGUUCUGGUUCUAGAUUGAACAGAUUGCCAGCUGCUUCUUUGGGUGACAUGGUUAUGGCCACUGUUAAGAAGGGUAAGCCAGAAUUGAGAAAGAAGGUUAUGCCAGCUAUUGUCGUCCGUCAAGCUAAGUCUUGGAGAAGAAGAGACGGUGUCUUCUUGUACUUUGAAGACAAUGCUGGUGUCAUCGCCAAUCCAAAGGGUGAAAUGAAGGGUUCUGCCAUCACUGGUCCAGUCGGUAAGGAAUGUGCUGACUUAUGGCCAAGAGUUGCUUCCAACUCUGGUGUUGUUGUUUAA